AUGAGUAUCUACAAUAAGAAAAACAAUAACAAUACUACUACUACUGUUGUCUCUGGCAAUUACAACAGUAACAAUACUAGUAGUUCGAUUGGCAAUUAUAAUAAUAACAAUGUUAGUGUUGCCACUGGCAAUACUGACAAUGCUGGCCGCAUCAAAAUUUUCGGGAAGCGAUGGACUGAGCAAGAGCAGAGACUGUUUCUAACUGGUCUGAAGGAGCUUAGGAAAGGUAAUUGGAGAGGAAUUUCACGGAGAUUUGUGAAGACCAGGUCCACAUCCCAGGUUGCUAGUCAUGCACAGAAAUAUUAUCUGCGACAGACUGCAAUUGAUAAGAAGAAAACGAGUGUGUUUGACUUAUCUCUGAAUGAAGCUAACAACGUAGAUAAUCAUAAUCCUAUGAAGAAGAGCGUUAGCAUGGGAAAUCCGAGCUCGGAAAAGGUCGAGAACAAUGAUAGCGAAGAUGAUGCUGAGGAUCUUGCUGAUGGCGUUAGUCAACGGAAGCGAUGGACUGAAGAAGAGCACAAAAUAUUCCUAAUUGGUUUGAAGAAGCUUGGAAGAGGUGAUUGGAAAGGAAUUUCACAGAAGUUUGUUACCACCAGGUCCCCAUCCCAGGUUGCUAGUCAUGCUCAGAAAUAUUUUUUGCGAAAAGCUGCAAUCGAUAAGAAGAAACCUAGAUCAAGUGUAUUCGACGUAUCUCUAAAUGAAACUGAACUAGCUCCAAAGGAUUUUUCAGUUUCACAUAUGGAGAAAAGUGAUACUGAAACGUCGUCAUUAGGGGCUAGUAGCUCUCAAGCUUUGGCAUUGGUGAACCGAUACCCACAUGUCUCCAUGCAUAUUCCAUCACCUGCUCAAAUGCGGCCCCCAGUAUUUGGUGCUCCAAAUUACCAUUCGAUUCCUUCCAUUCAUAGUAGGGCUUCAAUGAGUGCAAGAAUGUCGUUGAACUUGAAAUUGGACAUCCUCAUACCUACCCCGGAGCAAAGAUAUCCUCUCAGGCGUCAAGAGCCGUGA